ACAGUUACAGCAAGUGCAGGGAAGUGAAUUUGGAAUGUGGGGCUGCGAAAGAAUUUCUUGAUGAAAGAAAUAACCAGACAUCAGUUAACCUACCCACGAGUACUGUAUAAUUACCUCGAGCAUUCAUUCAAUUCCCCUGAAUUGAAAUAGAGAAAUUUAAUGAACAAAGAGUCUCAGUUUGAAAAAAUGUUACCAUUAAUUAAAUAAUUUAUCAAGUUCUGCGUAUGGAGAUGAAGGGGAAUAGGUUUAGGCCUCAAUCGUAAAGUUUUCAGUAUUUAUUACCUUAAAUAUGGAGAGCUCGGAGUACGAGUUGGUCCGUAAUUUGACACUUCUCUUCUUUUUUGAACGUUUAAUGGACAAAGGUGGGCCACGUACGCUUCACGAUUUGAGCUGUCAAUUUGGGGCUAAAGGUUUUACCAAGGAGAUGAGACAGAUUGCUGGGGGCUCGCAGAGUGGUUUACGAAAAUUUCUAGCUCAAUAUCCAACAUUAUUUGUUAUCGAUGGGGAUUACGUAUCUGUCAACACCUUUCAACCAGUUGUUGAGCAGGACGAGGGAAGUAAACUCAAGAAUAAGAGGAAUUAUGCACGAGAGGCUGUUGAAUAUUUCACGAAUAAACUGGUGCAGUAUGGGGAUGGUGCAGAGGUACCACUUAAAAGUCUACUUGGACAUCGUUCACAAGCUUCACCGGAAGUUAGACACAUAUCUGGUCAACAUUAUCGAGAGUUUCGUGAUUUUCUCCUGAAAUAUCCGGAUGAUUUCAUUGUUGUCGAUGAAAAUGUUAAACUCAAACGUUUUGAGGGCAUGGAGGCAGUGCCAUUCAGAGAAUUAGAGCCUGAAAUCCCAGUGGAUCAGGAAGUAACCAGAAAAUUGCUCGAUUUUUUUGUUGAGUGCAUUGAAAAACAGAGUAUUAACACUGUUGAACAAUUAUUGAAUGGUGUUGCAUCGAAAUUCCCUGAGGACAUGUGGUCGACGAUAUUCAGUACUCCCCAGGAUUUGACGACAUUUUUGAAAAUGUUUCCUGAUGCCUUUGAUGUGCAGAAGAAUAUCGUGUCGAUUCAUGCCAAACCUAAAUUUCCAACUGAUAAUGGCACAAAGAGUGAGGGAAAGAGAAAAGAGAAUUGUGAUAAAAAUGAUGGCUCUCAGCAGAGCAGGACUGCUUCACCUUCUGUGCCAUCUGGACGACAGAGUCAAUGCAACUUCAAUUCCCUGGAGAAUCAAAUCAAUUGCAAUGAUAAUAAUUGUAAUGAUGAUUAUCAAUCUUCCCUGGAGUCGAGUUCUCAUUCACCACCUGUUAGUUUGCAGCAACAAACACUCAAGCAAAGGAUUAAUACAUUAGUCAUGAAAACUCUAGCUGAUAACACAGAAAGGGACAGAAAUUUGCAUGGCACACAAGUCGGUGAUGCCUGGAAAUUGAAAAUUUUUCAGCAGACCAGAGUUAUCGUUAAUGUUAGAGAAUCUCUUCAUAUUAUUGAUGAAAUUAUGAAUUCCCAGCGAGCAAUGAGUGACGGAAAAACGGUUGUUUCCUUCGAUUGCGAAGGCAUCAAUGUUGGUGCUAAGGGUCAAUUGACACUCAUACAAAUCGGUACAGCUCAAGGCUAUGUUUAUAUUUUCGAUUUGUUUACAUCGCCAAAUUUAAUCAAUGGCUUACGUAAAUUGCUCGAGAGUCCAAACGUCAUCAAGGUGAUUCACGAUUGCAGAAAUGACAGUGCGAAUUUAUUCAAUCAAUUUGGAAUCGUUUUAAAGAAUGUGUUCGACACUCAGGCAGCACAUGCAGUGAUUCAGUACCAAGAAAUAGGAAAACCUGUUUACAAAGUGAAAAGUGUUAAUCUGAAUGCACUCUGUGAGAUGUAUGGAGCCCCAUGCAAUCCCCUGAAGGAGCAAUUAAAGUACAUUUAUCGUCGUGACCAAAAAUACUGGUCACGUCGACCAAUGUCUCGAGACAUGCUGAUCUAUGCCACCAGUGAUGUUCUUGGACUCGUGCCUCAAGUAUACAAUGCAAUGUCUAGAGUAAUUAAACCCGAGACGCAACAUCUCUUCACCGAAUUAUGCGAAGAGCAAGUGCAGACGCAUAUAAAUCCAGCGGAAGUGAAAUCCCGCAAGAAACAACGAAAAAUCGAAACGGAAGUAAUGGAUCUCCGCAAGAGAAUGGAGGAGACGACUGGGAGGAAUAUUGUUCUGAGUAAUCGAGAAAUUCGCCUACUUCGAUAUUUAUCGUUGACUGAGGACGAGAAAGAGAAAUUGAAAGGUUGUUACAAAGUUGCGAAAAAAUUAGAGAAACUAGAGAGCCUGGGGCAAGACAAAAAUGAGAGCUCAGACGAGGAGGACGACGACUGCUUCGAAGAAGAUGAGAAAAACGAGGAAUAUCCCAGUUUGGACAGUUGCACCUCUGACAAUUCCCAGAAUGACAUAACAUCGAAGAUGGAAUCUCCAUCACUAACGGAGACCAUGAAAAUGGUUGAUGAAAUUCUCCAAGAUGGCCAGAUGGAUGGUUUCGAGAGAAUUGAUAAACUUGAAGCCAUUUUAUCAGCAGUUAGUUGUUCAACUAGUGAUAAAUUAAUCAGUGAUUCCGUCCAUAUAACUAGCCCAAAAUGUACAUGUCGAGAAAUUGCCUUUAAAAAAUCACCUAUUGCGCGUUCUGAAGCUUCAUGUCAAACGCUAAGUACUGGCGAUAUUGUUAUAACGAGAAUAUUUUUUACUGAAGAAGAGAAAGAACGAACGAAAUUAUUGAAUUCGCCAAAAAAAUGAAUUCUUAUAUAUUUUUAACGAACUAACUCGUACGAGAGAUGCCUUUUAACUCAGAAUCAAUGAAUAGUCGUGUACUAGAAAUUUUAUGAUAUAACUAUAAUAUUCAACAAUGAUAAUUCAUCAGCUAUAAUUAUAUGAAUCAUGUACGUGAAGAAGUGAAGAUAUUUUUUCUAAAAAAAAAAAAGAACAAAGAACUAAUCUCUAACCGUUGACUUUUUAUAUAACAAUUUUAACUGGGAUUAUGUUGAGUUCAAUAAACCUCUGUAUACGUAAGAUUAUGUGGUAUAAAGUAGUAUUUUAUUGAUAUAAAUUUGUAUACAAAAUAUGAAUGUAAAAUUUCAAUGCAGACCUUUAAAAAUUUAUCAAUUAUUAUAGAAAAUAAUAUCAAACCAUUU